AUGUCUCUGUAUCCGAGAUCCUCUGUCCGUCUGCGGACGCGUGGCUUGUUUUUCAGCUCCUCUCUCCCUCUGUCUCACUGUCUCUUCCUGGCUCUGUUUCUGUUUCUGUCUUUCGACAACUUCCUGCCCACCUCGCGCUCUCUCAACUCCUUCUCCGUCCCGGCCGCCGCGCUCCGCCUCGACGGUCGCGACGGCCCCCGCCCGCAAACCCCCGAAACCUUUUCUUCUUCCGCGUUCGCGGAGCCUUCUCCAGAGUCCACUCCAGGCGCCUGUCCACUUUCCAGCAACGAUGGCGAACUGUCUCUCCAGCAGGCAGAGGCCCUCCUGCGCGAGGAGCAAACGCUAGCGACGGAGUACGCACAGAGGGCGGCCGGGGACGUUCAACAGUUCACAGCAGCUGCACAAGAAGCGGCAGCGAGAGGCGACAUGUCUGCCGCGAAGGAACUCGCGGCUGCUGCGGCUGCUUCGGCAGCAGAGGCUGAAGACCUGGCCGCGUACGCGCAAGCCGUGGGAGAAACAGACCCCGCGGUUCUGCGAGAGCGAGCAAAGGAAGAAGCCGAGAGAUUCGAGCAGGAAGAGCGACGCCAGAGGGGGGGCGACGCCGCAUCUUCUGGAACCUGCUCUGAAUCGUCGGAUGCGGCUUUCGCGCCUGAGUUCUCGGACCUGAGGGACCUGUUUUUUGGAGCCUGCGAUGCGACGGUCUCGCCCGACGACCUCCCGUCCGUUCCGGAGGCACUGGAGAAGCUCGCAGGUCUCGAGUCAGACGUCCAGGCAAGGGGCGACCAGUUGGACGAGAAAGAGAAAGUCGUCGCGGAGUACCUGGUCGCCGCUCAGGAAGCGGCGGUGCGCCACGAGGAAGCGAGCCGCGCAUUCGAGGACGCGAAGAGAAACAAGAAGGAAAACCUCGCAGCUGCGGCCGAGAAGGCUGCCCUCGAAGCCGCUGCAGAGUAUGCAGAUCUGACGACGGCUGCGCAGCUGGUGACGGAGGAAGCAGAGCAAGAGAGUGCCAAGGCGCUCGCGGACGCCGUGGCUGCCGGCGACCUCCGGUUCGCGAUCAACCAAAAGAUCGUCAACGAAGCGGGUCCUGAGGCCAGAGGCAAAGUCCCGCGGGCGCUGCUCGCGCCCAAGCACGUCCGCAUCAGCGACCCGGCCGCUGGACGCGUACUGAAGAUUUUCUUCCACAACAACUUUGCACCCUUCGAGGACCUGCCCUGUGCUGCUCUGCAUGCAGACGCGCAUUUGUGUCGUCAGCACCCGCGGUGCGUCGUCCAGGUCGAACAGAGUGGGGACGAAGUUCUCCAGCGCUGUCUCCUCGACGAGGCGUACCUCGCGCUGCUGACCAAGACCCCGGAUUUUUGUGCGGCGGCGCCUGCGGAGGCCGAGACAGGUCUCGGGAACUCAGCAGCGCAGGCGACAGGCACACCCGUCUCGCCGUUCGCCGGCGCAGCUCCUCUGGAACCGAUGGCCGCAGUGACGGAGGGAGAAAUCGAAGCGGUGGCUCUCGACUUGCUUCAAGAGUCCGGGGUGGACGGCCCCGCAGUUCUGGAGCACAUGGCUCGAGACGGCAGGGGCUCGGCCUCGGACUUGUGCAGCCUCGUUCAAACGCUUGCCACUGAGCUCCUACAGACGGAACGCGACCCGCGCUGCGCCGCUGCGCCGACGUCCGAGGACCGCGAAAACAUCGCCCUGACAACGGAGGCGCUCUUGACUUCGGCGUUCGGAUUCCUGGGUCCGGCGUCGCCCUCUGCGACCGCCGCGACUGCUGCGACUGUGGCUUCUGGAACGCCUCAAAAUGCGCGCAGCGCGAGCAUCCGAAGCCACCGGAGAAACAGUUUCGCUCCGACUGGGAAGAGGGCCGUGGCGCCUGUGCCGCGCGUCUCGCCUACGGGGCUCUUCGGCUUGCUCGGAUCUUCCAGCGAAAAGGCCAGUGCGCCGAUUCGCUUGGGAAUCAACGGGAUGGGUCGAAUUGGCCGACUCGUCUUUCGAAUCGCCAUGAGCAGACCGGAUGUCGCGGUCACCCACAUCAACUGCAGCAUGGACCCAGCGUACAUCGCGUACAUGCUCAAGUACGACUCUGUGCAUGGAAAGUUCGACGGCGAAAUCGUCCCAACCGAGACGAGUCUGAUUGUGAACGGACAGGAAGUGACCGUCUCCAACACACGCGACCCCGAGGAAAUCCCCUGGGCGGACAAAGGCGCCGACUACGUCUGCGAAUCCACUGGCGUCUUCUGCACCACGGAAGCCGCGGCCAAGCACGUCAACAGACCUGGCGGCGCCAAGCACGCCAUUAUUUCUGCCCCCGCGAAAGACGAGACCACCCCAACGCUGGUGGUGGGUGUGAACGCAGAGCAGGACUACGAGUCGAGCAUGAAGGUUGUGUCGUGUGCGUCGUGCACAACGAACGGCUUGGCGCCUCUGGUGAAAGUGAUUGACGAGAACUUUGGUCUCGUCGAGGGGUUGAUGACUACCGUACAUGCAGCGACGGGGACGCAGAAGGUGGUGGACGGAACCUCGAAGAAAGACUGGCGAGGCGGACGCGCUGCGGCGGGGAACAUUAUCCCGUCGGCGACCGGCGCGGCGAAGGCCGUCGCUCGGUGUCUGCCGCACAUGAAAGGAAAGCUCACCGGCAUGGCAUUUCGAGUUCCCACUCUCGACGUGUCUGUCGUGGACUUGACUUGCCGGCUGAACAAGAGCACGACGUACGAGGAGAUCAAGAAAGCCGUGCGCGAAGCGAGUGAAACGUACAUGCGCGGCAUCAUCGGGUACACUGAGGAGCCGAUUGUCUCCCAGGAUAUUGUUGGGUCGCAGUGCUCCACUGUGUUUGACGCGAACGCAGGAAUCAUGCUCAAUCCGAAUUUCGUGAAACUCGUCUCGUGGUAUGACAACGAGUACGCCUACUCUGCCCGCCUCGUCGACCUCAUCGCCGUCAUGGCUGCCAAAGACGGAGUUGUCAGCCCCGGCACCGGCCUCGACCGGAGACCCUUUUAAAGAAACUGUGUGUAACGCAGCUCUGUGCGUUCCUGUGGGCAGGAUCUAUUUAGAAGAACUCCCCGUGCUGGCUUAAUACUUGACACGGGCAUACAUGCAAAAGCGACGGGAGGCAUGGCUCCACCAGGCAGGCAGGUGAGAGACGCGGGAGACUCCUAACGAGUGUUCGGUGGAACCCACAGGAAUCUGCCGCCAGCCGGAAACAUGUCCUGUCCAGGCACAGGGUCUGUCGGCCGCGACGCCUUCGAACGAGAGCAAAAGGCUGUGCGGGGACCCUCGUGAAGAAGCAAGCGAAAAGACGGGGAAAAAGGUUGGAGCGGAUUGUGAACACACAGACUCUGACUCUGCUUGCUGGCGCUCGAGUUUCACCACGUUUCAGGACGGCAACAUAGAAUCUCACACAUGUUUGCGCUUCCGCGCCGUGUUGCGUUCGAUCACCAGACUCGCCGCGUUCCUUGUUUGCUUCCGGAGACGGCAUUCGAUCGUCGACACCGUGGGAUUCUCUCGAGAACCACGGGAAGCCAAGCGCCAGUUGCUCGUUCAAAAAAAUGCUGCUAUGUUCGUAUGUUCAACCUGCCGCCGCACACGGGGUUCCAAGAUGGGAACCGCGGCAAACUCGAAGUGAGGUACUUGUGAUUGCCUGCUUCUCUUCUGAGAUCUAAAACUGCGAUAUCGCUUCGAUUCCGCUCCCGACAAACGGUGUGCAUGACUCAGGUGCUUUGAAUCGCGUCUAUUCUCUAUAGAAGUUGACUUUUUUCGCAAACCUCCAAUAAUUCGUAAUGUCGGACA